UGGGUUGAGCAAAUAGGUAGCUGGAGCAGUGGCGGCAGCGGGAGCGACAACCCAAGUAGCACUGAGGGCUUCAGGUGGCGGGAACACGGACCAUAUCACGGUUCCCAAGACCUGACAUAUCCUCCUGCUCAUGAAAAUAGUUCUGCUCCGAUCAAUCAAGAUGAACCUCAUGGACAUCACCAAGAUUUUCUCCCUCCUGCAGCCCAACAAGGGGGAGGAGGACACCGACAUAGGGGAGAAGCAGGCUCUCAAUCAAGCAGUGUAUGACAAUGACUCCUAUACCUUGGAACAGCUUUUGUGCCAGGAGCGUUAUAAAUGUUUCAUCAACAGUAGAAGUGGCUGGGGUGUUCCUGGGACACCCUUGCGCUUGGCUGCUUCUUAUGGCCACCUCAGGUGUUUGCAGGUCCUCCUGGCACAUGGUGCUGAUGUUGACAGUUUGGAUGUCAAGGCACAGACGCCACUUUUCACUGCUGUCAGCCAUGGCCAUCUGGACUGCGUGCAUGUGCUUUUGGAAGCUGGUGCCUGUCCUGGUGGUAGCAUCUACAACAACUGUUCUCCCGUACUCACAGCUGCCCGUGAUGGUGCUGCUGCCAUCCUUCAGGAACUCCUGGGCCAUGGUGCAGAGGUCAAUGUCAAGGCUAAACUACCAGUCUGGGCAUCAAACAUAGCUUCAUGUUCUGGCCCUCUCUAUUUGGCUGCAGUCUAUGGGCACCUUGACUGUUUUCGCCUGCUUUUGCUCCAUGGGGCAGACCCCAACUACAACUGUACUGACCAACGCCUAUUGGCUCGUGUCCCACAGCCCCACACCCUCCUCGAAAUCUGCCUCCAUCAUAACUGUGAACCAGAGUACAUCCAGCUGUUAAUUGAUUUUGGUGCUAACAUCUACCUUCCAUCUCUCUCCCUGGACCUGAACUUGCAAGAUGAUAAAGGCACUGCAUUGCUACUACAAGCCCGAGCUACUCCACGGUCACUACUAUCACAGGCCCGUUUAGUUAUCCGCAGAGCUCUGCACCAGGCCAGCCAACCACAAGCCGUCGACCAGCUGGAUAUUCCCCCUGUGUUGAUUAGCUACCUCAAACACCAACUGUAAUCUUGCAGCCUUACCAGAAACCCACAAUGCCUACGAAAACCACCUGGAGAUCCAGGUAGCUGGAGGACACUACAGCUCUACCUAUUCACCUGGAGCUGCUAUCCUGUAUUAUCCUCCACAAUAAGAUCCUCAUCAAAAUAAAUCCUGGUGGCUGCUCUCCUGUAUUAUCCUCCACAAUAAAAUCUUCAU